CGAAAAACAAUUGCGCGCGCGCGCAGCCUGCCAGUGAUUCACUUUCUUUGGCGACUUGGAUGUUUGUGGGAAAAAAAGAAUGUCGACGUGGCGUUUUCGCACUUUUCGUAGACUAUGGCUGACUUUGAGCCUCUUGCUUUGUGUCCUCAGUCUUUUUGUCUUCAUCGGAUUCCUAAGACGUGGUGCGGACAUGACGGGGUCAGCGCCGAGAAAUCUGUUACCUGUUCGGCGUGAGCAGAUGAGCUGGACCAAUCUGUCACCUGCCACCCUGAGGGGACUGGAGAGCCGUUUGGAGGUGCCGUUCUACAUCUAUGACACGCCGUCUGUGAGUGAACUUUAUAAUCUAUGUCAGAGUGCAGCCCGCAGCAUUCUCGAAGGAGAGUGGCCCCCUUAUCUACCCAAGGGGAUGGGUGAUGUAAACAAAAAGAACUAUGGUACCAACGAACGCAAGGGCUGCCUCAGCUGUCUAGGUGUUGUGGCAGAUGAGGUCUACUGGCUUGAUCAGCUGGCAAACGAUUCAUGGCGGGUUGCAGAUCCCGACAAGGCCCUUGUAUUUGUCAUCCCCGUCUACCCUGGUACACAGCAGAAGACGAUAUGGAAAAAGAAGAUGACUGACUUUCUACAGUAUUGUCCCUUGAGAGAGCGUGCGAAGGCAGGAGCCGAAAAAAGACUCAUAAGCUGGCUGCAGAAGCAGUGAAGGAGGUUCACAUGACACUAAUAGGUACCUCAAAGGCUAUCUCGUUGCACGUUCAGAUCGUGGGAAUGCCCUAUUUUCGGAGAAACGGCGGGCUUGACCAUAUUGUUAUGGUAGGGGACACAAGAGAAAGAGAAAGAAAGCUGGGUGCUUCGAUGAUUGCGUUACAUGUUGAUUAGGGAAUAGACUGGCGUUUUAGAUAUGCCGGCGGCAUUCGUGAUGCACUGGGGUACGAGUUUGCGACUUUGGCGAAGAACAUCACAUGGGGGCGCAAAUUGGCAGAGCGGGGUGAGCGAACAGGGAGGACCAGACUUCACUGGCCAUUUCUUGAGAUAUUCAAUCUCACAGAUCUCGGCCACAUUGGGUGUGCGGUCACGGCACCUUUUACGUGAGUCAUGCUAUGCUUCUUCGCGUCGCCCAUUGUCUCCAGUGUGCUUCUUUUCAGUUCAUCCCUGACCUUCCUGCAGAAAGCCUACCAGCCGUUUGAGAAGGAAACUCUUCUAGAGCGCCAACUCAUCGAACCUGAGGAUGUCUUCGAAGACGACAAGCUUAGCACAUCACUGAAUCCUCCCUCAAAGUACGAUUGGUUUGCUCGGGACUACUUGAUGUUCUUUCAAGGUGAGCACAGCAAAGAAGAGCUGCUAAAUGCCUCACCAUUCCUUUCAGGUCAAGCCAGCCUUCGUCGUGGAUACUUGUAUCGACGGCUAGGCUUCAAGCACCUUACCGGAUGGGAUUUUGUCGCGGAAUUUUGCGCUGAAGGAGAGUGCCCCAGGAGCUCAAAUGUCUUUGUCUCUUCAUCUACUACACACAAGCAUCUUUUGUUUCUGGACGUCAGUGGCAAGGAGGUAAAGCAGGCACUUCCGGACUGUCCUCGGAAACACGAAGAAAGAGAGGUAUCGGGUGUCUCGCUUGGCAAGUUUGAAAGAUGUCGAGGGCUGAAGCGUGCACGAUCAAUAAAUGAGAAAAAUCUCGCACUCCUUAGGGCUGCGACAUUCCUGCAUCGACUGGCUAAUUCCAAGCUGAAUCUGUGCUUCAGAGGAGAUGACGUCACGAGCUCUCGCUAUGUGGACGGAAUCCGCACUCGCACCCUUAAUGUCUUAAUUACUGAGGCGAAAGACAUGUUCAAAUACGCCAUUCCCUUCCAGGUCAGACUCGAGCCAUGGGUUCAUUGCAUUUCGACAUUGGACAUUCCGAUAUUAAUUUGCUUUCAGUGUGAGAUACCGUGGCAAAAAUUCACCUAUGUUGUUGACGGUUCCGAAUACAAGCAAGAUCCCAGAAAGGCCCUUGUGCCAAUACUGAAGGAGAUAUACACGGAUCAUGCAGCAGUCAAAGAAAAGCUGCGGCUGAUGGACUACUAUAGUCGAAAGGUUUUUCGUACAGAAAAGCCUGAUAUUCUACAUAUGAUUGCUAGUUUUCGUUAUUGGUGUCUCAGAUUCUUUGGGAUGCACCAAACAGCACGACCGCACGCUCAGUGCUCCGUGCGAUGACAAGACAAUGCCUCACGACCGAAAUAAAGGCAGACUUUCUGCGACGAACAUCUCAAAUCACGGGUGGAAACAGAAGCGACCACAGAGCAUCGGGAAUGUUCCUGUCUUGCAGACAUUCACAGUCAUCCACUGUUCGCGAAGUGCCCAUUCUCGGAUAGAUCAGCAAGAAGGGAAAACCAGACAAAUACGCGUCUAGAGGGGUAGCACCUAGGUGAUGGCAUGUAUGCCAGCAAAUUGUGCACAAUGUGUUUUCCCGUUUCUUCCGUCAUCUGAUCCUACUUCUCUCUUUCAGGGGUCUCGGCAGGCACGUGAUGCCUCCCUGUACAGGCGCGGAGAAGCAGAGACACGAGCAUCGGAGACAACGAAUGAGCAGAAACACAUAAGGCAAAUGAAAAGAUGCACUUACAUGCCUUCAACGCUCCGUUUAGCCAUCACAGCCUCACAGGGCAUCCCUCGCUACCACUUUCUUCUAACAACGAAGGUGCUUGGGGAGACGUGUAGAGGAUAAAAGCUUGCUCGUUUCACUGUACCUGGCUGUGUACCACACGUCAUUCGGUUCCUGAAUUGUUAUGGCGGCUGCAACUGCAUUCUCUGGAGUCCCUCGCUUACUUAUCGUCACUGCUUUCCUCACUCUCCUGGCUAUCUUACUCUCCUUGCUAACACUUCUCUCCUGUCCCUCCAUCGCAUGCAAACAGCCUUGCCACUGGUGAAACGCCGCCAACAGGCACACCAUCCUCACUGGUUUUGGGGCGCCCUUACGGCCCUCGAGUUCGGUGGAGGUGCCCAGGCAUCUCGGCCCACCCAAUGCAACGGUUUCGUCAAACCAGAAAUGCAAAAAAGGGGUAUUGACGCGUUGUCGACAUACAUCUGUCCGCCACUGAGCGGCUUCUCCCGUGCCAACAUGUCAACAUGGCAGCUCCAUAGAGUCAGGCGACACUGCACAGCAAAUGAAG